CCACCAUCUCCCUCAUGGCUUUCUACACGCCCCAGCUCGCUUCCUUCAAAGUCCCCGCAAUCGACAAUGAGCCCAUGCGGAGCUAUGCUCCUGGCUCUGUCGAACGCAAGGGCCUUGUCGAAGCCCUCGCACAGAUGGAGAAGGAGCUCCCUUUCGAGGUGCCUUGUAUUGUGAACGGCAAGGAGGUCAAGACUGGCAAGCUCGCGAAGCAGCCCCUCCCCGCCGACCACGCAAAGCACCUCUGCACGUACCACGAAGCAGACCAGGCGACGGUUGCCGCUGCUAUCGACGGCGCGCUUGCCGCGAAGAAGGAAUGGGAAUCCCUACCGUGGAAUGAUCGCGCGGCCAUCUUCCUCAAGGCCGCGGACCUUGUGAGCGGAAAAUAUCGCUACAAGCUCCUGGCGGCGACGAUACUGGGCCAGGGCAAGAACGCGUGGCAGGCUGAGAUUGAUGCAGCAGCCGAGCUAUCAGACUUCCUCCGCUUCGGUGUCAAGUACGUCGAGGAACUUUACUCGCAGCAGCCUGUCAAGAACGCGGCGGGCGCGUGGAACCGCAUUGAGUACCGUGCACUUGAGGGCUUUGUCCUCGCAGUCUCGCCGUUCAACUUUACUGCGAUUGGCGGUAACCUUCCGGGCACUCCCGCUCUUGUCGGUAACACUGUCGUCUGGAAGCCCUCGCCCGCGGCGACGUACUCCAACUACCUCGUCUACAAGGUCUUUGAAGAGGCUGGGGUACCCCCUGGUGUCAUUCAGUUCGUCCCUGGUGUUCCGGAGGAAGUCGUUGGCCAGGCGAUCGCCAGCCCAGACUUCGCCGCCCUCCACUUCACCGGCAGUACCCUCGUUUUCAAGAAGCUCUGGAAGGACAUCGCUCAGAACCUCGACAUUUACAAGAGCUAUCCCCGCAUCGUCGGUGAGACCGGUGGCAAAAACUUCCACCUCGUCCACCCCUCUGCAGAGAUCCGGAACGCGGUCACGCAGACCGUCCGUGGGGCAUUCGAGUACCAGGGUCAGAAGUGCUCUGCGCUAUCGCGUCUCUACGUUGCGUCGUCCGUGUGGAACAACGGCUUCAAGGAGCAGCUCCUUGGGGAAGUCGCGAGUCUCAAGGUUGGUCCUCCGACGGACUUCCAGAACUUUAUCGGUCCUGUCAUCGGCCGGCCUGCCUUCGACAAGAUCAUCAGUUACAUCAAGAAGGCGAAAGAUGCCGGCGGCGAGAUCCUCGUUGGUGGUAGCGGUGACGACUCCAAGGGCUUCUUCGUGCAGCCCACUGUCAUCCUGACGAAGGACCCGAAGUCCGUGACGAUGGUCGAGGAGAUCUUCGGUCCUGUCCUGACCGUCUACGUCUACGAAGAUGCGGACUUUGAGAAGACCCUCGAGCUCAUCGACACCACCUCGCCCUACGCUCUCACCGGCGCCAUUUUCUCGACGGACCGCAAGGCACUGCUCCAGGCGACCAACGGCCUGCGCAACGCCGCGGGCAACGUGUACUACAACGAGAAAUGCACGGGUGCCGUCGUCGGCCAGCAGCCGUUCGGCGGUGCGCGCGCGAGCGGCACGAACGACAAGGCGGGCUCCAUCUCGAUCUUCUACCGCUUCGUGUCGGCGCGGAGCAUCAAGGAGAACUUCGUCGGGCUCGAGGACUACCUGUACCCUUCGAACCUCGUCUAAUAUGGGGCGCGAACAUACCAUGGGUGAUAUCCGCUUGCGGGGCAUAUAGAAGAAGGGAAAUGAGGGAAAAAGGUGUAGUGAAGACCGACCUUGCUGUAUCGAUUACUACGCAUUAUAUCAUUUUCUGUGCAAGUAUGUAUCCUAGGAUGGGAAGAAUGUGCGUUUUGAGGGCACCUGCCGCUACUACCUUCCUCCGUACGCUUCACUGGCCCUCGAACCGAGCAUUGAGGUUCAGAGUACUACGCCCUCCACCUCGGCCGCGGAAUAAUUAUUCCGCAAUGCAGGCGUAUCCCGAGAAGCGUAUUUGUGUUGACAUUGGAAUGUCUAGGACCUGAAUUCUGUUGCUGCAAAUACCACGGCUAUUGCCCGCCGCCAUACAUAGGAGGGCGUUGCGCCUCGAAGGCGUCACAAUAUGCCCCCACCUCGACUCGCACAUCAAGGAAGCGCUUGGUGCCCAGAACACUUGUGCACCAGACCACUUGCAGUCUCCGAGCACCCUCCAAGUCGCUGCGAUAUCUCGGCCUGAGCAUACGCCUUCGAAACGCC